CGGAGCAUGCCGCUGUCAAGGAGGUUUUGUUUUGGUGUUUGUGAAUGCAAUUUGUUGCUCGCAUUUUUCGCACUUAUUUGGCAAUAAUUGCAUAAUUAUUCGUGAUAUCUCCUUUUAAACUGAAUUACUGAAUGUUUCUCUUUCCAAAAGUGGUGAAAAUUACUUAAAACGAACUGAAUUUUACAAGUUCUAGAUGUUUUGCCAUUGUGAGGUUAUGUUCUGAGUGCAGAGUGUGUUGUUGUCUCACGGAUUUCCUUGCGGGAGGUCAAAUUUCCCAUUAUUUUCACCAUUUUCACACUUACAUCACAUAAAAGUGUGCAAUUAGUCAUGGCCAACUGGACUAGAAAUGAGCCACAGAGAUCAUCAACGAGGAAGAAAUGGAAUCUCGAAAAUAAACAAUCCCUCAACAACCUAAAGUACCAAAUUGCUGAGGAUGGCUGUUCCGAGAUCCAGUACGACAUGGCAACAAAGUUGCUGGCAGAGAACUCUGAUGAAGCUAAUGAGAACAAGGGAGUUUAUUGGCUCACGAGGGCCGCCAAAGAGGGUCACGAAGGAGCUCUGACCCUGUUGCAGGAAUGCUAUAGAACUGGUCGUGGUAUCAGUGCAUCCAAUGAAUGUGAAGUUCAGGCUUGUCUGUCGAUGAGUCGAGCUGAGAGGGCAGCCCGAAAGGCUGCUAGGGAAGUGUUUCUGUGUCUAUCCAAGGGGGAGGAAUAUAUAACAGCUGCUCAGCUUGAGUGCAAAAUGCGUGAAAUCUAUCGAAUCCAGAAGAAUCGCCGAAGACGGGGUUCACCGGAGAACCUGGAGAAUGGCAUUUCGGCCAGUCCGCAGCUGUACAGGCGUCGGGUGUUGAGUGGGGAUGAGGAAGUGUUCACAGAGGCCAAUUUCAUCUCAGCAGCUGGACAGUAUUCCAAUGGGCAUUUGCCGAAUAUGAACAGAGCGCUUACGGUGUCUGAACCUCAUCCACAUUCACUGGAUCAUGUUCCUCUGCUCUACCGGCCGAUUGUACAUCCAUUUCUCUUCUGGACACUGCUCUACUAUCGCCUGAUCAAACUUCUGGCAUCUCUUCCGGACUGCGACUAUAACAUCAAAAUUCCAGCUUUGCUCCUGGUCUACUUGACUUUUUCCAGUGACAGUGUUUCCCUGACCAUGUUUCUGCCCACUGCUGUCUAUUACCUCUCGAUUUUCUUCAUGAUCGUGGCUACUUUCAAAGUGCUCAAGUCCAAGCAUGAUUAUGUGGAUUUCCGGAUAUGGUCCGGGCUGUUUUUACGGUAUGGUGAUGAAAAUUUGGACACGGAAAACACAGAAGCACAAUUUCUGAGGAACAAUCUCAAGCCUUUCAUGUACUUCUUUGGAGCUCUCAUCACAAAUCUCAUGCUGACUCCUGUUGUCUCUGACCAGUGGAUUCCUCAUUCAGAGAUGACAGUUGUCUCCUUUGCUCUGGUCUUCAUCACUCUGUUUGCAUUCAUGUCCUCAACUUCUUCCUUCGUCCCGGAUUAUCUCAUUUUGAUCUCCUUUGGAGUCAAUGUCCUGGCCAAGUAUCCAUAUGAGAUGGACAGUGUUGUGAACCUUGGCUGGCGUUUCCUCGAUCUCCAAGUUCCUUCCUUCCAAUCAUUCGUCAUUGGAAAUGGCAUUGAAUUCUGCCUCAAUUGUCGGGCAUUGCUGUAUCUCAUUAUUCCCGUGCUGCUGAUCCAGAUUGCAGCCAGAGAAAAUUGGAGGGGCAUCUACAAGUUCCUGAUUCCACACUGCGUCACUCUCAGUUGGCUUCAGAUCUGCAUUUCCAGCUCACAAUUUUCCACGAUGUUUGGACUCGUGAGAGCAACUCUGGGACUAGCAGGAGUCUUUCUCUUUCUGCCUCUCUUCGGCUUGGCUACCCUCCUGCUGCCUGUUUUUACAGUUGUGGACUCUUUUAUCACCACCACGCCGACUAUCAAGUUAUCAGUGAUUGCUUUGGUAGCCAUUGUAAUCCUAAUUGGAUGCAGCUUCCUGGCCACUAAUCCAACAACGCAGAAAUAUUUGACCUUCUUCCAGUUCUCCAUCUGCAUUGCGGUAAUUGCGAUCCAAAUCAGUCCCUUGCUCUCAACUAAAAUCGCUGUUCCGGGAAAUGAAGAAUCUCUGUUUAAUCCAUUGGUUGAGACUUUGGCUCCCAUUGAGGCUUCACACGAUUUCCCAGAGAGAUCCUUCGGCAUGAGUUGGGACGUUUUCUAUCGCUAUUGCCAGAAUCCGGCGUGGGAACAUGUGAGCAAAGUGAAUUCUCGUAUCCGUUGCAGUGCCCUCAAUGGAGUCACGGUAAAAUGGGAUGGGAUUGUGAAGGAGGUGGAUUUGAGCAGGAUUUGGAAUACGCGGGAGAAUCUGCUAAAGUACGUUAAGCCAAAGAUACUCAGGGAUAUGCUCGUCUGCUACUUUGGAGAGGAGACCAAUGUCAAAUGUGCAGCUAGUGAGGACUGCGAGGACAUGAAGGAGUUCAUUGAGAACAAUGCCAAAUGCAAUUUAGGAAAGUUCAACAGGUAUGACUAUCAAAUAACAGUACGCAUGAGUUCGGGAGUUUUUAAGGCGCCAACGGAGAUUUCUCUGGUGGCUGAGCAUGAUUUUGGAAACUUCACAGUGCGCCUCAAUCAGUCCGAUCGAAUAUGGUUUGUGGGUGAGCUGAAGAUGUUCAGUGAGACUGGGAAGAAGACUGGGCAGAGUCAGGGAGUUCGGAUUGAUUUGCAGGCGAUGGGAUGCUUGAGUUGUUCAGACAAGGAGUUGACAUAUGUUAAAGUGAGUGGCAGUGAGAACAAAUGGGAAUUCUUCAGUCAGAGCUUCAUCAAAUGUGGCAAAUAUGUUCUCAAUAUCAUCUUCAAUCCUCUGCUGACGUUCAAGUGAACACCCAAGAACAAACUGGACAGAUGCUGGAUUUGGAGGGGGAAGAGAAAGGAAUAAAUGAAAUUGAAAAAUUUUUAGUGUGA